GUGCUUCGAAUUGAACCCAGGUCCUCUGCAAGAGCAGCCAUUGCUCUUAACCGCUGGGCGGUCUCUGCAGCCCCCUAAUAGAUAUAUUCUAAUCUCUCUGUGCAGUUCUUUUCACCCACUGUUUUAUCUUACCAGAUUGCAGUCCUAUCAAAGGUACCCCUAGAGCUACCCUGAGCCAUCCUCUAAACUCAUUUAUUGAGAGAGGAAGAGAGAGAUUCCUUGAAGCAGCUUUGAGAUGUAACUCGAGAGCCAUCAAAAUGAUGUAUAUGGCCUCGGCUCAGACGUUGAAGCCGACUCCCUGCUGAGAAGCUCCCACACCUCUUUCCAUUAAUCCGUGUUCAAAUCCACGUUAAACUCCCUUCCUAAUAAACCCGCUUCAUAGUCACUCAUCCCGCAAAUCCUCUAGUAUUGUGAAAUCACUCAUCUCUUCUUCAGUAAAAGUCUAGGAAAAGAACUUUUGAGGCUGCUGCAGCAUGCACGGAGACUACUAUUCCCCCCUCCCGCGUCCCACUGCUUAUUGACAAACAAGCAAGCAUUCGGGAGGUUGAGACAGUAGGAUGGCCAGGAGUUCGAGGUGCCGGGUACAGUUCCUGCCCCAGCAAGCACCAGGCUCUGGUUCCGUCCCGAUCCAACAACAGCAUAACGCAGGCGUGGUGGUGCGUCCCUGCAGUCCCAAACUUCUCGAGUGGGGCCCACAUUUAAGAGUGUGUCAAGUGUAGGCCAGGGAUCUAGGACCCCGAAGCCCUCCACCCGAGACCCUCAGCACGGGAGGAGGGAAGCGCCGGGCUUGGCGGCCGAUUCCACCCUCCGCCUUUCGGACCCGAGUGGCGGUGCGGUCGCCUCCGAGGUGUUUUGGUCCACGCAGCACCCGUAGCGCCCGCCCCUUUUCCCAGAUGACGCAUAUUUGCGCCGCGGUCGCUCGACGCGGGUUCGAGUCCCCACUUGGGCCGCCAUGGCGGGCGCAGAGCCGGGGCCGGAGGAUGACGGCGGCCAGGCUUCUUGGAGUCGGAGCCGCAGCGCGGGGCUCGUCGCCCCGCUGGACCCGGAGCAGCUGCGCCGGGUCUUGGAGCAGGUGACGCGGGCGCAGCCGCCGCCUCCCCUCGGGCUGCAGGGCGCCGCGCGUCGGCUGCGAGACGCGGCCGAGGGGGCCCCGCGCCUGCUGCCGCCCCAGCAACUAGAAGCCAUUUGUGUCAAGGUGACAUCCGGUGACAUGAAAGGUAAGGAAAGGGCAAUGCCCCCACUGGCCACCAUCCAGCCCAAAACAGCAGGACCAAGUCAGCCACCUGGGAGAAGCUCCACCCCCGGACUCUGUGUCUCCAGGCCUCAGCUGCUCAGGGUGCAGCCCCUGGGGAGGACUGGGCCACAGCUGUGUUUCCUCUGUGGCCCCCCUCAGCCUCCUGCUCCUCAGGUGUUUGUACAGAGGCCACUGCCAGCCCUUCAGCCAGUCCCUGUGAAGAGAGUCGAGACCCCCCAGGCUGCAGAUGGACAGGGUGUCACAAUGAUGCCUUUGGCAGCCUCUGCUGCACCGGCAGUAUCAUCUGUGUCCUCCAGUGCAGCACGGCUGCUUAUUUCCAGCUUGCACACAACGCAUACUGAGAAACUAAAGACAUCUUUAAAAGUGAAAACACGUUCUGGGCGGAUAUCUCGGCCUCCCAAGUACAAGGCUAAAGAUUAUAAAUUCAUCAAAACGGAGGACUUGGCGGAUGGGCAUCCAUCUGAUUCUGAUGACUACUCGGAGCUGAGUGUGGAAGAGGAUGAAGAGCAGAGGGAAAAGCAGGUGCUUUUUGAGAACGAGGGCUGUGCCCUAAGACCUAAGGCCUUUAAGUGUCAGACUUGUGGAAAGUCAUACAUAGGGAAGGGGGGACUGGCCCGGCAUUUUAAACUUAAUCCAGGUCAUGGCCAGUUGCAGCCUGAGAUGUUGCUGUCUGAGAAAGCCAAUGGGAGCCUGACCAUGGUGUGCAGGAGUGCACGAACCAGUGACCUGGCCUCCCCUGAGCUGUCCACAUCAGCUGUUCCCUGCGAGGAGGAGGCAGAGUCAGCGUGGGGUGGCCUGCAGAAUGGCGAGUUUGAAGUUGAAGAGACAAAGAUCCCUGGAGCAGAGAACAGAAGUCCCUCAGCUCUUUUGAGAGUAGAGAAACACCUAGAACCCAAGAGUGGAAGUUCAGAAACCCAGGCAGAGUUCAGCACAACUGACCUCAGGCAGAGCACAGUGGCCCAGCCAUACCAAGCGCCUGCUGUACCUGCAGGACCCAGCGUUCCAGGGAGCAGAGCCCAGCUCAAGGAGUCUCUGCAGCAGUGUGGUAGAGAGGAUCUGGUGGAAUUGGUACUACCUCAGCUGGCUCAGGUCGUGACUCUGUAUGAGUUUCUUCUGGUGAGGGCCAGAGCUGAAGUGAGCCUCAGGAUCUGGCACAGGGUUGAGAAAAGUCAUCUAGCAAAGCCUUCCUUCCCAGCUGUUUAUAAGGAAUUUGAAGAGUUGCAUCACAUGGUGAAGAAGAUGUGUCAGGAUUACCUCAGUGGUUCUGGUCCAUGUUCUCAGGGGCCUCUGGAGAUAAACAACAACGAGGUGGCCACGUCAUUAGGAAUCACAGAAGAAUUCCUGAGGAAGAAAGAGACACACCGAAGCAGCACACCCAAGUGCUCCAGCUGGGAGACGGAUGGGAAGCUAGACGAAGCCAGCGGACAGAAGAGGGGAAGGGAGCUGGGGGUGGUGGUUGCAAGGGAGGGGCUGGCUACGGUGAAAAAGCUCCGAAGAGCAACUCAGCAGAGAGAUGGCCCCCAGUGUCCUGCUGCCACCAGUGGAUGCCGACAGAAGCCCAGGUCUUCAUGUGCCCCAGCCACCAGCAAAGGUUUUGCCUCUGCAGCAAGUGAGAACUCCUCUCCCUGCUCUGAAGGAAGUGGUGAGAAGACGGUUUCUACUAGUGGUGGGCAUGCUUUACCUGCGGGUCAGCAGCUUGUAAUGGGGGCUUUUGAUGACUUUGAAGCCAGGCAUAGGUUUGCAGAUCCUGCUCUCCUGUGUCAGGAUGUCAGUGGGCCAGCUCUUUAUGCUCAGUUAGCAAAACCCAGGGGGCCACCUCCAGCCCAAGUGCCGGUGUUUUCUGAAGAGAAUGUUCCAGAACACUCUACAGACCAGAUUGCUGGUGUUAUCCAGAGGAGCCAGGGUACCUGUGGCACCCCAUCAUUAGAUGGGGGAGUGCUUGGUGAGUCUGGAAAUGCAGAGGCAGGGGACCUGGGCAAGAUGAGUCAUCCCCACCUCAGUGGCCCGCAGGUCAGCCCCAACCAUGUCCUGCUUGCAGAGGCUGCAGCUCCUCCACUCCAGAACAUUUUGCCUAUGAAUAUCCUGCCAGUUGCCCAUGCCUCCAAGAGUGUGCCAGAGCCAGGUCUUCCUGGACCAGAUGGAUUGCUGUCAACUAAUAUGGAUCUCAGUGUUGGAAGCCAAGCCGGGGACAUAAGCCAGUUCCCCUGCAGGCUGGAGGCACAUGGUGACCAGAGAGAGCAGGAGACUGUGGCUGCUGUGGGAGAAGCCCUGGCUUUUGAGGUUUCCAGUCAGUGUCAACAAGUGUCUCAGGGCCAGGAGCAGAUUUUUAUUCAGACUUAUGAUGGCAUUAUCUUAUCUGAUCCAGGUACCAUAGUAUCUCAGGAGGAUAUUGUCAUGGUGACUAAUGCAAGGGGUUCAGCUCUGAGGUUUGGCCUGGCAGAAGGGGCUGCUCUUGAAGCCAUGGAGGCCUUCCUCACUGUGGAGGCAGAGCCCUCUCAGUGACCAGGAGUCAGAAUCUAUUGUGUGUGUGUGGCCGGGGGGCGGGGGAGCACUGUUGUUUGAGGCAGUGUUCUUUGUAGCCCAGACUGAUCUCAAACUUGAUACCUAACCCAGACUGGCCUUGCACUCCUAAUCCUCCUUCCUCCAUCUCCCAAGUAGUAGGAUGACAGGGAUGGCCCACCAUGCUGAGCAGGAGUCAGGACCUUGAUCCUAUAUUUGUAUAGAUUUUACCCACAGAAGGUCUGUUUCAGGGAGUGUAUAUUUUUCUAAUGUGAAUACUGACACAAAUGAGCCUUCUAUUUAUAAAGACUAAUUCUAUUGUCUCUUUUUCUAAGGAGCUCAUCACAAUAGUGGCACAUCUCUAUUUUUGUUGUUUGGGGAAGCAGGGUUUUGAUACAGCCUAGGCUGGCCUUGAAUUCAUAAUCUGCCUGUCCUAGCCUGAAGUUGAGGCUCCAGGCACGUUCCCAUGGCAGAUGUGAACCCGUCACAUAUAUCUCACUCUUAGAAAAGGUUGGUGGCCUUGGCAGGUGGGGUCAUUCUACUGUGACUUGGCAGCCUUGCUCCUCACUUGCAUGUCACUGUCCCUUCUCUUCCAGGGUGUGCUUUCAACAGACUUGUCAGCACCAGAAGCUUCUGGGUUCAAUCAGAGAAAUGGAAAGCUAGUCAUUCUGGGAGAUUUUAUUGAGAAGUAGGAAUGAAAGUCAUUUCUGUUUGCUUUCUUAGUAGGGGUAGGACUUGAACCAGGGCCUUGAACACGCUAGGCUGGGCCGUAUCCACAUCCCUUUUUGUGCUUUUCAUUUUGAGAGUCUCAGACUUGCCCAGACUAGCCUUGAAUUUGUGAUCCUCCUGCAUCAGACUCUCAAGUAGCUGGGAUUAUAGCUUGUAAAGCCAGGCCUGGCUCCACCUGCUUUUUUAAAAUGUAUGUAUUAUUUGUGUGUGUAGAGGGUGCGUGUCUCAGCAUGUGGAGGUCAGAAGACAGCUGUGAGGACUUGGCUCUUCCACUUUCAUGUGGGUCCCAGAGAUGGUGCUCAGGUUGCCCGGCUUGCUCAGCAAGUGCUUCUGCCAGCUGAGACGCCUUACCAGGUCUCCACUGACAGGGUCUUGCUGCAUAGUUCAGGCUGAACUUGAAUUUAUUAAAGUUUCUUUUAUGUGUAUGAGUAUAUUGCCUGCAUGUAUGUAAGUGCACCCAUUUUGUA